UCGAUACGGUCGCCUAGCAACGAUCACCUUCCAAAACAAACAAUCAGAGGCCCGGCCGAGAGCAAAUUUACUUUCUUAUUUUAUUACUUGUGUCAACAUUUUAGAUCGAUAUUAUUGGAUUUGCUGUAUCAUGUUCUUGUAGACAGACAACAUGGUGUUGAUGCCUGUUUGUGUGCCCGAGCAUUGCGGGAAGGAUUUCCGACACUCGUUGAAGAAGCCGAGCCCCAACUAUCCUUAUGGGGCGAAGACGAAAAAACCGAGGCUUGUCCCAGCCUUCACCAUACAAGCCAUGCAGAAGAACACCCGAGUGAUACCGCCGAAGAAGUGCGGUGUCUUCGACCCGAAGCAGAUCAAGCAAACCAUGUUCAGGAAGUGCUAUGCUCGGGGGGAGUUUCCUGUCGUCAUCGAGUUUACAAGCAGUGGGAAACGGCUGAGUUGGAAAGUUCCGAUUGAAAAGCUGGACUUCCACCACUACCUCCCCAUGUUUUUCGACGGUCUCUCAGAGAGCGACUACCCGUACAACUUCAUCGUGGAGAAUGGGAUCAAUGAUCUGGUCUCCAAGGGCUCCUACAAGAUCCUGCCUGUGGUGCCGCAGCUCAUCAUACCUAUUAAAAACGCCUUGUCGACCAAGAGGCCAAACGUGAUAUGUCAUACCCUGAAAUGUAUCCAGAUGAUCGUCACCGGGUCGGAAAGAGUGGGCGAAGCGUUCGUGCCAUAUUACAGACAGAUACUGCCUAUUCUGAACCUGUUUAAGGACAGAAACAAUAACAUCGGCUCCGGGAUCGACCACACGUCGUCCCGCGGCGAGAACGUCGGGGACCUCAUCGAGGAGACCCUGCAGAUCCUGGAGCGCUACGGCGGCCCCGACGCCUUCAUCAACAUCAAGUACAUGAUACCCACUUACGAGUCGUGUGUGCUUAACUAGAGGUGAUUGGACGUGAUCUGGACUUACUAGUACAGAUGUAGUGCAUGAUUAUAUUCCAUUGUAUUUUCACGGACAAAAAGUACAAAAACAAACAAAAAAGACUGAGACAAAAACACACACACACACCACACUAAACACACACACAAAGACACUGGUACAAAAAGUACUGAGAUUUGGCCCAAUUCGAACUUUAAGAUACGACAAUAAAUAAAUCUGUCAGUGUCAAAUGGGACGUUUCUUCAAACAAAAACGUCGGACUUUCGAAUGAUGCUUGGAACAUGGCGGAUCGUGCUCCAGACAGUUUUUAUUUUUUUAUUUUUUGCAUAUUGCUGUUUAAUCUAUAAUUUAGAUAGCAUAUUAUGCAGUGAAUAGCAAGUGUGACGGGUGCAGAUAAUGAAGAAUUCUUCUGGAAAUACGUAUAAGUAACCAAUUCUUGGACAUCAUUCGGCGGUUCGUGGUCUCGGCCGCCAUUACGCUUUGUACUGCUGCUCCAGCUAUCCUCCAGUGCAUCGUGAAGGCCUAUUAUGAGCCCCGAUGCAUAUGUUUUCGUCAGGUGACCCCAUUUUUUGAGGUUCUCGCGUUUGUUCAAAAAUAAUGAUUUUGCUUAAAAAUUACUAAUAUUUAAUGCUUAUACUAAUGUAAUUUAAUUUUAUAUGGUAAUACUCUGCAAUAACUAAAUCCAAAUACAAGAAAUACCGUUUGUACUGAAAGAAAAAAAAUAAAGAUUUUUCUUUUUUACGGGUAGGAUUACAACAUAUGUGAAAAGGGCUAUUACCAGGGAAAGCAAUAGGGCUCUGCCAAUGUACUGAAAAUUUUGUUUCGAGCCCAUGCAUGCAGCAGUGCUGUAAGAGAGGACAAUAUGAUUUGGACAACGUUUUUGAAAACUCCUUUUUUUAGCAAUAAAAGUCUCAUGCAAUUUUAUUAUACGAUCAAAAUAAACUACAUUAAACAUUGCUAUUAUGGUUCCCAUUACUGGGUCAUUAUAUGUUCAUGUGUAAAAUUUAUUAAAAUAAACAAAAUUGUUGCGCGGGACUAGACGAAAUCAUUUGCAUCGGGGCUCGUAUCACCAUAUUAUGAAAUAUUUGACUUGUGAUAUAUUACUGUAUUUUGGCAAAGGCCCAUGAGGCUGCCACUUCUCCAAUAAACAAACAACAAACAAAAACGUCACGACACAUCUAAUCCAUAUCGUUUCUAGAUCUUUUAAUUGAUGUAUCUUAAAGUUUGAAUCGAGCGGGUUGACUGAAGUAGCAUGACAAAUACGAACGUCUCCGAGAAAUUACGAUGGAAAACAAUAAUGCACUACAUCUGUAGUAUUCUUCUAACGGUCAGUUCUAAUGUAGAUCAUGCGUUUAUUCAGCACUUACACUUAUUAGACUGUGAAAAACUCAGUAGAGUCUUAAAAGCGGAAGACUUAAAGGAUUCGUGUCUUGAGUAAUACUGUUUAGUUUUAAAGUGCUGUCACGUGCAUGUUCAGGCUGAUAUGUAGAAGGAGACUUAGAUGUAAUGUCUUAUUACCUACUUAGUUGUCUUUAACUCAGCUAAAAUCAGACAUUUCAAUUAGAAGCAUUUUCUGUUAAAAUUAUUUCCUGUAGCUUAAUGAUACACAAAAGGAAAUGUAGCGGAUAUAUUGAUAAAAUUUUAAUGAAACAAAAUACUCGAAGUAGCAAUAUUUUACCAUAUGCACGUAGUUUUAAGCUGUAGAUAUCGGACUUAUCGUACUUUUGAUAAAAAUGUUACAUCAUUUCUCAAAACAUGACACUAAGGUAUACUGACAAUUCAGUACAGUCCUGCAAUAAUAGGUAUGUUACAUAACAAAAGCCGCAAAAAAUCUUAUUUGUAGAGACUUAAGAGUGUAUCGCAUAUUGUUGCAGGUGACUGUACCAUGUGAUACGUUUCAUUGUGCUAGGAAUACACUUUUGAUGAUGUCACGUGCAUGUCGAAUAAUUGAUUCGUGAAUUUCAUAAUCAUUUUGUUUGUUUCGCAAUUUCAUGUUGACUUAAAUUGAUCUUUGUAGCAUUGUCAUAAAUUAAUCGUAGUUUUAAUAACUUCUAAUUACCGACUAUUAUUAUUAGUAUGUUAGCUGGAAAUAUAUAUGCUAAAGUAAUAUUCAUAGUGACUGAUUAGUUCUAGUAUUGUUAAGUUUUGCCUUGUUCAUUUGUAACAGGUGUGUUUGAAUUUUGUACUUUUUACAAUAUUAUUUUGUUAAUAAAUUGUUCGUGACCAUU